AUGUCUACCGAGAACAACUCCACCCUCAAGUCCUACAUCGACUCCGCCACCGGCGCUGUCCAGAACGCUGUUGGCAAUAUCAUUGGCAACCGCGGCGAUCAGGCCGAAGGUCAGCUCAAGCAGGAGAAGGCUCACGCCGAGCACGCCGCCUCGCACGACGCCGCUAAGCUCCCCGGCUUCACGGCCACCUCUGACGGCGCCGUCGCCGCCGACCACCCCGACCGCGCGUCCGGUUCUUGGAAGCAGACCGCCGGUGCGGCCAAGGAGUUCAUCGGUGGAACCAUUGGCUCUGAGGAGCUCAAGCAAGCCGGCCGUCAAGAAAACCGCGAAGGCCAAGAGCAGGAGGCCCGCGGCCAGGUCAAGGACCUCGGCGAGGGCGCCAAGGACCGCUUCACGGGCCAGCUCGGCGGCGCUGCGGCCGCGCUCGUCGGCGACCGCGAGAAGCAGACCGAGUACCAGACUCAGCAUGAUGUUGGCAAGGCCCAGCAGCGCGGGGCGGAGCAUGAUAUCCAGAAGGAGGCUGAGGCGCAGAAGAGGGCUGAUCUCUAA